AUGACGAGCGUGGAGGCCGUGACGAGCGCGCUCGAGAAGCUCGGCAUCAAGCCGAGCGCCAUGGUGGAGCACGACGCGGCGAUGACGGUCGAGGCCGGGCUGCAGGCAAUCGAGGGCAAGUGCCCGGGCGUCUUUGUCAAGAACCUCGUCGUGCGCGACAAGAAGGCGGGUCUCUUCCUCCUCUCCGUCCGGCACGACGCAAAGGUUGACAUGAAGGCGCUGCCGCAGCUGCUCGGCGUCUCGGGCGGCAACUUCCGCAUGGCCGACUCGGCUCUGAUGACCGAAAAGCUUGGCGUCGCCCAGGCA